AUGCAGCAGCCGCCGCCGUCGCAGCCGCAGCAGCAACAACCGCAGCAGCAGAUGCAGGGCCAGAUGCAGAUGCAGCCGGCGCCGCAGCCAGCGCUGCAAGUCCAGCGCGAGCCCCAGCUGGUCAGCGAGCCGCAGCAAGGCCCGAAGCUGCCGCCGCAACGCAAGGCGCUGCCGGCCAGCUUGCGCCCGCAGAUGAUGCCGACGGCGGUCCGCGUGCAACGGCCUGCAGUGGCGAGGCCGCGGCCGGUCCCCGUCGCCUCUGCCCCCUUCGAGCCCGAGGCGGCGCUCCCGCAGCCAGAGGGGAGGGCGCCCGCCGCGGCAGCCGCUCAGCCGGAGCAGCCCGCCCCUCCCGCCGAGGCGGCGAGCGGCGGCGCGGCGCCGGACAGCUCCUCCUACGACGAGUUCGCGGCGGCGAUGAAGCAGCUCGGAGCGCUGCCCUGA